AUGGCACUAGUCAUAUAUUGGUACGAUUUCGUUUGUUUUGGCAUUGUUGCUGCGGCUCUUGUUGUGUCCUUAUGGGUGCUAUGGAGGAAGGAACUUGCCCCAAGCUGUGACGAUAAUAUCAUAUAUCAGAGCCUCCUCGUGGCUCGACCGGAUACUAAUGGUCGGACCUUGCCUUCAAUGCCAAGGAACCAUGUUGGUUCUUCCCAACUAUGGAGCAGUUGUUGGAAAGGGGUUCACCCAGGGUGGCUCAUGGCUACUCGUUUCAUCUCCUUCCUGUUCAUGGCCGGAUUCUUGUCGAGGGACAUCGUGGAAUGGGAUGCCACCAUAUUUGUUUACUACACCGAGAAACAUGAAAAGGGCCGGGAAACCACCCUGGGCCCUGACCAGAAAAAGUGGGCUAGUUACGACAUAUGGAAAAAUGGAGUUAAGACUUUAGAAUAUGAAAAAUCAAAAUAUUCUGGUUCUGUGUUCUCCUUCUCUGUUCAUCUCAACUCAAGUGGUCAACUCUCAAGGACCUGUUCGGAUCCUGUAUCCAUGGCUACUAAUUCAGAGGGGCUUGGGUACUGGCUCCGGUGGCAAGUCCCAGUUUGUGCUUUAGCAAUAAUCUGCCCAUCUGUUCUUGCCUGUUAUAUGAUCAAGAAUGUAAACACGGAGCCACUGUUCUGCCAUGAUCUAUGGAAGCCACGCUGGAGAUAUCUUAAUCCUCUUUGGCUCCUCUUUUAUAGAGUUUUCGCUUUUCUCUGCUUGUCUUCUAUGCUUUAUCAGAUUGUCUACUUAGAUGGCGCUUUUGCCUUCUAUUUCUACACUCAGUGGACAUUUACGUUGGUUAUGAUAUAUUUCGCGCUGGGCACUGUGAUAUCUGCAUAUGGAUGUUGGGUGUCUUUAAAGCAACCAGCUGCCUCUGAAAAUGGCGAAAAUUCUGUGUUCUUGAAAAGGGAUGUGGAAAAGAAUGGAGCUGCAACCUCUAUAACUUAUAAAGAAAAGGAAAGUAGGGGUACCAUCAAGUUGCAAAGUCACUGUGCUGAGGAGGCAAUUCGAGAAAGAGCUGGAUUUUGGGGAUAUCUUAUGCAAAUUAUAUACCAGACUUGUGCAGGUGCUGUUAUCCUAACGGACAUUGUAUUUUGGUGUAUCAUAGUACCUUUUUUGUCAGAUACGCACCUCGGCCUCAAUGUGUUGAUGGCUUGCAUGCAUUCUCUGAAUGCUGUUUUUCUAGUGAUAGAUACUGCUCUCAAUAGCCUUCCAUUUCCUUGGUUCCGCAUUGUAUAUUUUGUGCUGUGGAGCUGCCUCUAUGUCAUUUUCCAGUGGGUUAUUCAUGCAUGUGGUUUUACAUGGUGGCCAUAUCCAUUCUUGGAGCUUAACACGCCUUGGGCUCCUUUAUGGUAUUUUUCGCUGGCCGUAAUUCAUAUUCCUUGUUAUGGGAUAUAUGCACUGAUUUUUAAAGCAAAAAACUCGAUUUUUCCCCGAUUGUUCCCUCGCGCUUUUCAUUCACGUCCUGAAUUCAAGCUCCUCUACUUGCCACUAUUCACGGGCCUCUUUCAUCUUUCAUUUUUAUUGGAGGAAUUCCCUGCUGGUAACUCUGUAAAUGAGCUACAAUCUGAAAAUAAUGCUAAGAUUUCCCAAGUUUUUGCCCCAAAAACAGACCUUUUAGACCAACGAAGCCUUGAUAUGAGGUGGAGCAAUGAAGAUGAGCUGAUUCUGUUUAUUAUUACCAGUGCCUUGCGUUUCAGUCGACCGGGAUGCCAAUAUAAAUUAGCAUAUGGAAAUCAAAGGGGAAGAGGAAAGAUAGAACGUUUUGGAUGA